AUGCCCGGUCUUGGUGGCGGCUUGAAGGACGGAUAUCUCCAUGACGGAGCGUUCCAAGUCAAAGAUCCCGCCACAGGAUUGAGCAAGACCAUCUUCAUUCUUUCAACCGGCCUUGUCGAGAACACCAUCAUGCUGAAGCAAACCGAGCAUCCGGAGGAGAAACAAAUCCUACGCUGUCGCAACUUAGUCCACUUCUGCAAAUCCGAUCUAUCUGAUGAAAAGGAGAAAGAGCUUUUCCGCGAUUGGCGAAACACGUCUCCCAACGUUCACACUUGGCACCGCGAAUCAAGCAUUUUCAGCCCAGAAAGCCGUUUCUCUAUAAGAUCAUCCAACAACAACAUUCUCGAAGAUUUCGUAAUUGAGAUGGGGAGUCUUCUCGGGCUACUCUAUGGCAGUGCCCUCAACCUGGCAUCUUUCUCGCCAGACCCGAUCGUUGGGUCACCGUCGAACAACUUCAAUCCCAAAGAGAGAUUUGCUAUCCCAAUUCUUCCGAUCGCUGAAAGGGUUGCGAAUAUUUGCGCCUAUUCCCAGUACUAUGUUCGCCAGGACGUUGUCCUGCCAAGGAUUGCCGAUGGGUUUGAUCGUACCGACCGAUUCUGGAGUACUGUGCAGGCUGAAUGCCUUGCGAUCUGCUACAUUGGAAAGCGACUAAGAAGCAGAGAUUUGUAUUUUGAUGCCGUCCGGCACAUUGUUGGCCGCAUCUUCAAUCAUACGCAUUACACUUGGGAUCAUACAUUUGAUCAAAAUGAUCCACCAGGCCCCUCGAUGGCUAGUGCAUUGAGGAGUCUGGAAAUGUCACAAGAUGAAUUUUGGGCGACAUAUGGUCCUCAAUUCAACCGCCUUGAGAUUGUCUCCAAGCGUCUGAUGCGAGACUUGCCGCCAUUGCAAGUAGCCCCCCGACCUUCCGGCGGAGGCCCCUACAGGAGAUCGAACCAUCUGGCGAAGUCAAUGAGGUGGAACGAUAGCCGAUCUUGGAGUCCAACAGGGGUGAUAUGGUCAUACUCACCACCUCACGUGCUCGGUGGUGCUCUCGCCCGUGAUAUCUGGGGCCAGCAGUUUGCGGAUGCAGGAUCUCGAAUCAUGGUCAGAGCCUACAAGAUGUGGAAGACCGAUAAUGACGACCAGGUGAAGGAACUGAAAAAUCAAACGAGGUGGCUUUGGCAUCAAGCGGUUGAUAACGAAGGUAUUGACUUCUGGGACUCUUUUACCGAAGUGGUGACUUCUAUUGUGAGAGAGUGUCGUCGUUCCAUUGACUUGAACUUCCCAACGGCCGAGUUUGAGGACGCUCAUGCGGCGAAAGACAGCGAUGGGAUCGGUUUCUGGACAUGUCUUACGCUGAACCAUGACGAUGUGCCGUGGGAGAAGGAUUUCGAAGGUGGAGGACCUGUUGCGGCGGACUUUGUUGCUGCGUCGAAGGAAUGGUUGCAUUUGGUCAGGAUGGCGUGA